UACACAUUUAAGUCGUUAAUUUUUUGUAUCAGUCUAUCAAAUGUCGUAACUCUUUCUUAUUGUCAUCAGUUAAAGGUCGUUCUUUCAUGAAUGAAAAGAAUAAUAACAAGAUAAUUAUCGAUACGUUUAAAACUCAUUUUUGAACUGAUAAUUUUUUGAAUAUUCUGGCAUUGAAAAGUGAGAGGAAAUCGAUAAAUUCAGCGAGAAACGGGAAUCCCCGAAUAGCGAAAUUAUGAUAAUUGCUGAAUCGUAAUAUAUUAUUUAUAUGAAUUAGCAUUUCCGGCUUUUGAAGUCGAACCAAAAGAAUGUCCGGUUCAGUCAUUACGCUCAUUACGCGCUUCAUUACUCCAUGUUGUAAGGAUUAAAAGUAGAUGGUAGUUAUUGUCAUGAAAUUCAGGCAUUUGAAUGUGGAUUGAUAGAUGCGCCGCAAGGGGCGCCUGCGCACGGUGCGCGCAGUGCUCCCGUCAGCUGAUGAUGACACAUAGCCUUUAUGAUUCAACAAACAAGAGCAUAGCAACAAUUGCGGUUCGCUAAUAACAUUCGUCAAUCAAUUGUGGGGAAAUAGUGAUUAAAAGAGAAUGCACGGUCGUGUCAAAGUCAGGACGACAGCUGAGCAGGAAGCGAUAAAAAAGGUGGAAAGAGCCAAGAAAGUCGCACAGUAUAAAGCGGCAAUCGACUUGGUCAUCAAUAAGAGAAAAGAGAAAGUCUACGACGAUGAGCUCCUGCUGGUCACUGAAAAAAUGGUACUGCAAAAUCCAGACAUCAAUUCUGUUUGGAACAUCAGGAGAGAAGCUUUUCAAUAUCGAGAGUGGAGCCACGAGGAAUAUCUAGACCGUCUAAGAAAAGAAUUAACUCUAACUGAAAGCUGUUUACGUGGCAAUCCAAAAUCCUACAGUGUCUGGCACCAACGAUGCUGGAUAAUCGAUCACCUACCGGAGCCAGAUUGGCAAACAGAGUUGUCCCUGUGUGCAAAAUGUCUUAAUUUAGACGAGCGGAACUUUCACUGCUGGGACUACCGACAACACUUAGUAAAAAAGGCUGGUAUUUCUGAUGCCGAAGAGUUUGAAUUCUCCACAACGAAAAUCUACAAUAAUUUUUCUAAUUAUUCUUCCUGGCAUUAUCGAAGUAAAAUUCUUUCGAAAAUGUUUCCUGAUGAGUCCGGAGAGCUACCUAUUGUAGCCGAUAAGCAUAAAGAGGAACUGGAUCUAGUCAUGAAUGCUACCUUCACUGAUCCCAACGACUCAAGUGCCUGGUUCUAUCAACGGUGGCUUCUAGACUAUUCAAACCCUCAGCCAAAUGCCCUUUGGCGAGUGAAAAUAACUCCAAACAGAGCCACAAUAAUCUUUCACGGAGAGACGUCCUUGGAGUCCUCCAAUCUCUCUUUAACAACAGAUAAUGGUCAAGUGAACGGUACCUGGAGUUCUUACAACGACGAGAAAUUCUCGAAAAUAUGGACAGCCACAUUCUCCGAACUGUUGGAUUCCUCGUGUUCGAAAAUUUUUAUUAAAUACGAGAAUGAAAAUUACAAUCUUUUCAAGUCUGAUAACGCUUGGUUCUACAAGUCGUCCCAUUCACCAAUAGAUAAACAUAAUAAGGCUCAGUUGAAGGAGCAAAUGGAGAACUACAAACAAUUAAAAGAAAUGGAGCCUAACAACAAGUGGGCUAUUCUCACUGGAAUCUUUCUCAUGAAGAGUUAUGAUCUCGUAGAGUACCAUGAGAAGAUCUUGGAGGACCUGAGUGCCUUAAUUAAAAUCGAUCAUCUCAGGGCUAAUUAUUAUACAGAUAUGAGGAGUAAAUGCAUAAUGGAUUACGAGCUACAUAAUUUAUGGAAAAACGAGAACGAUACAGAGAUAAAUUCGACAGUAGAUUUGUCGAAUCGUAAUCUAACGAUUUUUUACAACGAGCAAUAUUUUGGUCUCUUCGAGGAGGUGAAUCUUGGGACCAAUCGACUGGGUAAUUCCCUUCAUCGUCUGGCAGUUUUGCAAGAGUGUAAAAAAUUGUCGUUAUCGAGCAACAGCUUAAAAAAUCUUAAAGGCUUUCCGACUCUCCAAAACCUGGAGAUCUUAUCUUUACGCGACAAUCAAUUGACGUGCUUGGAAGAAGUUUUGGAUUUAAUUAAGCGACAUAAGUUCGUUAAGCUCGACCUGCGAGGUAAUCCCCUUUGUGAGCAGUCGGAUAUAAUUGAUAAAUUAUCGAAGGAUAAUCCAGAUAUUGAAUUUACUACCGAUUGAUGUUUUUAUAAAGUUAAUUGACAGUAAACACUCUGCAUUAUUUAAUUCUUCCAACUAUUAUGGUAGAUAUUAAUUUCCUGAUGGACGUUGUCAGAUUGAUUCACUGCGAAGCGCAUUAUGUAAUCAGGCAGUACAAUUUUUUCUUUGAAUAUUAAUGGUUUUGAAAGUAUGGACCAAUAUUAUAUUAUAUUCA